CUGUUCAUCUACCAAGCGAUGGCGAUGUGGUUGUCGCAGGGGGACACGUCUUUGGAUUCAAACUUCCUCAAAAGGUUGAACCUUGAUGAUUUGGCUGACGUGACCAUGGGAAACAAGACCGUUCAACAGCAUCUUGAGGCGCUCCAAGCUCGCCCACCCAUGGACAGUGAGCGGAACUCCAUCGCAACAGUGCCUUCUUAUACAUGGAACAAUGGUUUCUACAUCAUGAGUUCAUGUCCCAACAAAGAAGAUAUUUGGAACGCGGUGUAUAACACUGAUUCUCGCACACUCAUCACGUGGGGUCAAGAGAACCAGGCGCACCUUCCGUCAUUAGACCAGGACGUUACAACAUCCAGGUUCACAGCCAGCAUGCGCAGUGAGGCUGUGCUGUCAGAUGGUAUCUCAGUCACCACUAUUGAUCUUGGAUUAAAGGAUGAUGCCACCACCACCACCACGAUCCACAACUACCACCUGACUGGGAGUGUGCGUGAUCCAGGUGUCGCUGUGCUGAUAGACAACUUGCUCACAUGGACACAGGAUCCAGAACGUGGCUCCAGUAUGAUUGUAUCCAGGACUGCAACAGAAUCCUUGCUCCUGGUGCUGCUUGUGAACAUCGCCAGCAGACUGAAGGACGACGGGACUGUUGACCUCAUCACUGAUAUGGGGAGACUGUGUGCUCGUCAUGGAGGUGCACCCUUUACAAUGGAUGACGUCCGUUUCUGUCUGGAGUUUUCUCGACAGUUCCUGGAGACUGUCGGAACUUACGCCAACAUCUGAUGAAUGGACCGCUGAACAUAUUCGAUAUUUUUUUCUUUAAUUCCUUAGUUUUAUGAUACUGUUUCUAGAAUUGUGUUUGUGUAAUUUUGCAGUACAUAAAUCGGGCAGAUGUCCCAUUACUUGUUAGAAUGACUUGUUCCCCACUUCCUGUCUCGUUGUCAUGGUUUCUUAUGUUCAAACCGUAUGUGUAUUGACCGAUACAAAUCUCCUCUAUAUCAUCCCGAAGGGGAGAAUGAUCGUGUGUGGGUUUCAUGAUGAUACACAUGCACUUUUCUAACAAUGCUAACAUAAAUACGGUUAAUGAUGUCAUGCUGGUCGAGAAGGUCAGGAGUAUGUGUAAACAAGUCAAGUUUGACAUUAUCAUUCUACUUCCGGCCGGAGUUGGAGGGAAAUAAUAUUGACAAUUAUUUUAUUAUCUUUUAUGUCCGUUUCAGUUACUUUUGUCAGCUUUAGCUUCACGUUAAAUUGACGGUUAAGUGACGGAUACCCCGCACGCUGCCCAUUUCUUAAUUCUGUCACCAUAAUGUGAGGAUCGCCGGUUUGACUCACACAAGUAGCCCCGACUGAAUGACAUAAAAUUAUACUAGUAUAUCAUGCGUGUUAAGGAAUAAGUUCUCAUGUAAUGUCCCGUUGUCACUCGUAGGUUGAUAAUCACUCAUUGUAUGUCACUAACGUAUCCAUUUAAAAAAAAUUAAACCUGGGUUUGCGACUUGACGAAUCAAUGGAUUCAGUACAGGGCUGCCACAACACCCCUAUACAUAUGCGAAAGGCGGAUUUUAAAUACAUGAUCAGAAAUAAUUUUUUGUGAUUAUCGUCUAAACACUGAGGGAUCUUCAUCUCGCACUAUGGUAAAUACCGUUCUGGUAUCAUCAUCUAGUACAGUCGCAGUUGAAAAGAAUCUUCAUGAGAUAAUAUAAAGUUACUGUGAUUUAAAAGCGUUGUCGUUCAAAAUCCUCAACUACGCCGUUGGCAUGGCAUUUGUAAGUCCGAGUCUUUGUUUUGUUUCAUUCACUUCUAUUUAUCAAUUAUGUAUUACAACUGGAUGCUGCCAAUUUAAGCAUGUUUCUGUAUUCUCAUCACUGUUGUAUUAUUCCCUUACUGUCAGACUUCCUUAAUAAACUGUGCAACUGUG